AGUUUCCUAGUGAACGCCGAGCUACAAAGUGGUUGUUGCUUGCUGCUGCCUGUGCGCGCUAACGGUACCCGGUCGGUCGGUCGCUUCGAACGCUCGUGGGUUUCCCCGGAUUUUUCUCACCUGAGCUUCUCAAUAUAGCCGCAUAUCGCAGUUGGCUGGCCGAGUGUGCAGGAAAAAUUGCAUCGUUCCUAUCGAAAUUACACCAAUAAUUGCACUUCCGAACGGAAGGCACAGCAUGCCAGUGAUCUAUAUUCAUAUCAGUUUGCUACCUUCACGACGUGCGUGUUGCUAGGUGAUAUGCAGUUGCACUCCGUGCAGUUCGACCGAAAGUUUUUUUUUUGUGUAACGCUUAUCAACAGGUUUUUAGUGUAGCAAAAGUGGUUUCUGUUAUAAAAAAAGUGAACCACCCGUAAAGUUCAUGUAAUCAGUGGAUGAAGGAAUAAAAUAAUUGCCACGUUAAAUAAUUUUCAACCGCUACCAAGCGUGGCAGCGCGAGGCACACAACUUAACGUUGCCGAAAGAGUUUAAGAAAGAAGUAGGAGUUAUUUUACCUUCGGAGUAAAAGUUUGUGAUUUUGAUUUUUCGCUUUUUGUUUUUUGGAAGUCGGGUUGUGGCCAAACCCAUGAAAAUGUUCCGCCGAAGCGUGUCGAAUCGAAACCAGCAGAUAUUAACCAAUUGCUGCUGCAGUGUUGGCGGUACGGUUGAUGAAUAGUGACCGUUCGAAGUGAAUGAACAAUUUUGUUUUCCCCGCGGUCUGGAGUGGGAAAACCAUACGCCAGUCGGCGUAAAACGGCGAUAGCGCUCUCGAUCGAGAAGAACAACACCGGCAUCAAGAAGAGGAAACAACCGUCGGUCGCAGCAAUCUGCUCAAACAUUUACACAACGUGAGCUGAUCGACGUAAGCAACUGUUGCCGUCCGCCCGUACCCUACCUACCACCAGCAACCAGCAGCAUAGGAGCAAGCAGCAACGAUUCAAUGGUGAUGGUGAAUAGCGCGCAAGGAAAAAUCUAAUCUGAUUCAUUCACUGCGUGCGGGGCAACAGCAGUGCAUAAGAAAGCGCGGCGGAGAUUUGGCUUACGGAAACCGAAUCGAGUAGGGUUGGCAGCAAUCAGCAAUGGAGAGCCUUAUGAGUGAUUUUCUGCUCAACCCGGAGGAGUGGUCCUCCAAUCCGGACGACUUUAUGGACCUGUUUCAGCUGGACAACAAUUUGCUGUUCAACGAUGCUGGCAGCGUCACGGGACCCGUGGCUGGAACGGGCGACGGCAUGAACGACAUCACGUCCAGUUUGCUGAACAACCUGCACAAUGGAUUCACCAGCUACGAGGAGGUGUGCGGGCUGGCCCUGGGCCAGUGUCAAACCGAGCAGGCCCUGUCGCCGAUGUCCUCGCUCGCAUCGGACCAGGAGUUCCGCGGAUUUCCGAACAGUGGUGCCGCUUCGCUGGACGGUAGCGGUUACGAGGACGACUUCGUCAGCGGGUCGCCGCAGGAAAUCACCGGAUCGCCGGCGGUUAAGAUGGAAACGGACGAUGCGAUGAAUGAGUUUAGUAUCUUCGAACGGAACGCCGAGCAGCAGGCACUUUCCUCGGCUGCCUCCGACAGUGGACUUUCGAGCGACCAUUUGGAUUUCGACCCCGCAACGGACUAUGAAGCACUCAGCCCGGCUCUCUCUUCCCCUGGUCCGUCGAUUAGCGAGCGUGGCGGUCAGAACUCACCACCCCGCUAUGUCAAGCAGCUGACUCCGCAGCCAAUCCAGAAACCGCAAGCGGUCGCUUUCCAGCAGACGGUACAAACCGUCGCUGCUCCGACUGCUCCGUCGGUCGUUAAAACAGAAAAGGUUCAAUACCAAACGGUAAAAACCGUUAUUCCGGCAAAAAAGACCCCCAUCAAAAAUCAACCCUCGCCGGCACAAUUUGCCAACGGAAAGGAAGUGAAAAUCUACCGGGUUGCGCCGGCGGCUAAAAGCGGCCAAACUGUAACCGUAGCGAACGGAUCGAAUGCCAACAAAAAAGUUACCCUUCAGCUGAAGAACGGUACUGCCGCACCGAAUGUAACCGCCGGCCGAGCCAACGGAACCGUUUUCAUAAACAACAAGAAUGUAGUACUAACCUCCGCCCCAGGCAAUGGACAAACGGGUGUCCGGAAAAUCUACCGCGUUCAGCAGCAACAGCAGCAGAACGGACGCUCAAUUCUGGUACCGGUUUCCAUUCAGGACCUUCGUACCAUCAAAAUUGUGAAUUCAGCUAAUCUAAAGACUAAAUCGGCCAACAUCAAGCUGGCUGCUGCCAAUCUGCUACAGCAAUCGAAACAAGGCUUAAUUCAGAAAAACGUAGUUCUACCUAAAGAGCAGUUAAUUGUUGAUGAUAGCGACGCAACGCAAAAUGCCAGUGAUAACGAAAGCUUUGUCUUUGAGGACAUUAUGCAGCAAAGCAAUUCCGUCAUCGAGCAAGUUCAACAGCAGCAGCAGCAGCAGCAAAUGGUCAGCGAUUCGGAUGCCGAACUGGACCAAGACGACGACUUGGAUGGCGAUGAUAGCGUCGUUGGCAAUGGGAAAACCGCUUCCGGAGGCUAUCAGAAGCUCGUUCUCACAACGGAAGAAAAACGUUUGCUCGCAAAGGAAGGAAUCAGUCUGCCGACCAGUUACCCACUGACCAAGCAUGAAGAACGAGAGCUGAAGCGAAUCCGGCGUAAGAUCCGAAACAAGAUAUCCGCCCAGGACUCGCGCAAGCGGAAGAAGGAGUACGUCGAUGGACUGGAAGAACGGGUCAAACAGUGCACCGAGGAAAACCAGACGCUGCUGAAGCGUAUCAAAAUUCUGCAAAGCCAGAAUCACGAUCUCAUGAGCCAGAUGAAGAAGAUUCAAUCGCUGCUGACCAAGGGCACAGGCAAAACUACCCAGCCGGCUACCUGUCUGAUGGUACUACUGCUCAGCAUGGCUCUGGUAGCAGUCCCGAACCUGAAACUCGGCAGUUCACCUCAGCAGCAGAACAUACAGGACUCGCUCGAGAUGGCCGAACUGCUGCAGGAUAGCGCUGCCGAAAAGACCCAGGUUCAGACGGCUGCAGCCCAAAGCCGGCGCUCGCUUCUGUUCGACACCAAGGAACAGCUCGGUGAUGCACUGGUCGAUGAAGAAAUGAACUUCGAUGAAAUCAUGGCUUUCAAUGUGAAUUCACUAAUCGCCAGUGAGCAUGACUAUUCUUCCGAGGGAGAGCCAAAGGCUAAGAAAGCUAAGGUGGUACACUCGCUGGUGGAUUAUGACGUGGACGACGAUAUUUGGAACGGUGGCAGUAAAAUGAGAAUUAAAUUAGAAGCCGAAGAAGUAAAUGAUAAAUCGAAACAUUUCCAAACAAUGCUUGAACAGAAAAUGAAUCAGCUUAACAGCGGACUGCAGAAUAUUAAAACAGAGCACAGCGAGGUGAUUGUCGAUCGCGAAUUGCUAGAGACCAUGUCCGGAAAGGGUACGGUGAAUCUCGAUGCAUUCGCCAGCUCACCCGGUCUGCUAGCGAAAGAUGGACACAGCAUUGACUUACUGGUCUCGGAUACCGGUUCCGGCACGACAGGUAGCGUAGAUGAAAUAGGAAGAAAGCUGAACGCCUCGCAACAGAUUCAACAGCAAAACAACAAAAGAAAGCUACUCCUUUAAUCGAAUUGUGGUGGCAUACCGUUGUUUCGCAUUGGAUUGGAGAUAUUUUCGCUGGGCUGUUAUUUCUACGUGUAAAUAUAUGUUACUUUUAAGAUUGGUAAUCCGUGAAAGUAUAGGAAAAGAGUCCAUUAAGUUUCUCUAGAUUUUAAAUCGAUGAAAUCAAUUUGCGUAUUGAUGGCAUUUUACUCUUUUAAGUCACACUGCUGUCCUACCGUAGAUAUGCGAUAUAAUUUAAUCUAUCGAAUGCUGCUUCGACAGUGUGCUCUUUUGUCUUUGGCCUUUUAGAGGAGAAUUAUGCCUUAGCCAGGGGCAAAAGAGCAAAGCAUUGACAUUGGGAAAGCAAACAAAAGAAUCACACAUUUAGUAUUGACACGUACUGGUAUAACGUUUGAUUUUUUGUCUAACUAGAAUUAGAUAGUGGUUUACAAAACACUGUUAUAGGUAUAUGUCCUUGUUGCUUAUUUUCACCUGUUUUAGCUAUUACGAAUUACUUGUGCAAUUAUGUUUUUCUUUCGCUGUUCCAUUCUACUUUAUUUGCUUUAAUUAAGUUCCAAAUUCUAGCAACGGUAACAACGUCCACCUAGAAAUGUUUACACUUAGUCUAAUAGCUAUGUUAUGUAUUAUUUAGCACACGGGAAUUAUCAUUCAUUAGAACAACAGAGCCUAUCAAUUAAGUCUAAAUAAGCAUCAGCACUUUGCUUUUCAAUUAUGGAUACCGACGAUUCUACAACUUAGAGUAACCGAUCUUCGUUCUUCAUUCAUGAGACCAAGAUUGAAUCAAUUUAUCUUUAUUUCUAGUUUGAACCCAAUUUUUCUGCAAGUAGUAAAUAAAAAUAACCUGGAACGUGAUUGACUAAGUACGUUAGCUUAGUGAGUAGCUAUAGCAAGGCAAAUAAAUGUAACCAUACCUACAACACCUAAUACUAUUACAAUAUAUUGCUGUAUAUAAACAGUAAUUAACGGUGAUUUUUGU